CCUCAUCAAGCCCAAAUCGCUACCUAGCAUGUAGGUAGUGGCUUUGGGGCUUGUGCAGACCCGGUCUAUAACCGCUGCUGGAUUACUUACCUUAACCUACCAUACAUACAGUAUCAGUACAGCACGCAGGUAAGGUAGCUUUGUUUCUGGGGUAUUCGUACUUUCAUGUCAGCCAUGGAUGCAUGACUGACUCCUCGCCUCUUUCCUUUUAAGGACCCCUGGACUUUGCCAACAAGAAGACUUGGCUUUUGGCUCCGCUUUUCGACUUCUUUUACCUUACCAUCCCGUCCUAUCUUAGAUCUUUUUGCUGCUUUAUUUUAUUUUUUGUUUGGAUGACUUCCAAUCUUCUCUCCUUCGACCGUCAUUUUUUUCCCCGUCCUAUUCGCGGUGCUCCGAAGGUGCCUAUAGCGUCAGUGACAUCAAUCAUAUCUAUCUUUCCAUAUUUUAGUCUACAAAAACCAAUUAUUGUUUUUUUUUUUGGCUGGCGCAAGUUUAGCCGUUGCUUGUAAAUCCUCUUACGUCAAGUUAAGCCUUGUGCUCCUGUACCGAGAAUUGUUACUUUGCAAACGUUUGCCUACCUAUAUAUUUAGUCCAGAACCCACCCGGCGACGAGCACAAGCAAUCCGAGACCCUUUGCCUCUUUUAUCGGACCUGUAUCACAGACGUUACAAUUCGAGCGUGUGUCUCCUGCACACCUGUCCUUCUUGGUUUUGAACGUCUGUGUUUUUGGAGGUUCCGGUAGACCUUUUCGUCAUUAUAAAAACGGUUCGAUCCGACAAAAUGGGGGACUCUAGACCUCGCAGCAAGCUCCCCGUCAAGCAAUUGGCAAUUCUGGCCUGAACGGACAGGCAAUGGAGCCUAAGAUGGCCGCCGAGACUGUAGGAAUGGGGACACAACAAGUGCAGACCACCAACCCCCCCUGGCUCUAGGUACUCAAUCCUAUAUAACGGCUUUGUGUCAUUUAUGCUGACUCCUCAUACCCUUGUUUUUUUUUUCUUCGCAGCUGUGGCCAGGUUCGCCGAACCGUUGGCAUUGACUUCAGUCUUUCCUUAUUUGCCAGAAAUGAUUGCUAGCUUCGGAGUAGACAAAGACAGCAUCGCAAAAUGGGCAGGCUUGACAGGUGCCACUUUCAGCGUCUGCCAAAGUCUUUUUGCCGUCCCAUGGGGUCUGGUGUCAGACCGUAUCGGGCGGAAGCCGACAAUAUUGUUUGGCCUAGUGAGCACCAUGAUAUGCUUUAUCAUAUGGGGCAUGUCCACUAGUUUGGCCAUGGCAAUGACGAUACGUGCCAUCCAAGGAGCCUCCAACGGAAACGUUGGCAUCAUCCGGACCAUGGUUGCUGAGAUGGUAACUGACAAAGAGCAUCAGCCGAGGGCUUUCUCUAUCAUGCCACUAGUCUGGUCGAUCGGAAGCGUGUUCGGGCCCGCAUUCGGAGGCUUCUUUGCCCGACCGGCUGAACAAUUCCCCAGUCUUUUUGGUCAUAUUGAAUUUUUCAAACAUUACCCCUUUGCUCUUCCAAACAUUAUUGCAUGCUUCUUCUUCCUAGUCUCGGUCAUUACGGGAACCCUGUUUCUCAAGGAAACCUUGGCAAGCAAACGAGACACAGAAGACUGGGGGCUGAAGCUGGGUGAGAAGCUCACGCGGCCCUUCAAGUCACGAAAGCGGCCCCAGCACCGUCCCUCGUUUGUCGAUGGAGAAGCAACGGCGCCUCUUCUACCUCGGCCGGCCGCUGCUGAGCCAGCCAACUCCUCUACUGCUUCCCAGUCAAAGGCGAAGAUACGUGAUAUAUUCACGUACUCGACUGUCAUGAACCUUAUUUGCUACACCUUUCUCGCAAUGCACUCGGUUGCUUUCGACCAGCUACUGCCUGUCUUUUUGCAUCACCCCCACCAAAAGUCAACGCCUGAGAAUACAAGUCUUCCCUUCCGCUUCUCUUCAGGGUUCGGACUGUCGUCAGACAAGAUCGGUGCAAUUUUCAUGAUUUACGGCAUCGUUUGCGGCCUGAUUCAAUUCAUCAUGUUCCCUCCUCUGUGCAACUAUUUUGGUGUUCUUAAAUGCUACAGAGCUGCAGCUCUCAUGUUUCCAGUUUGCUACUUUCUGACCCCGUUCACCAGCCUGGUGCACGGGACGUAUGGGCGUUAUAUUGCUCUGAUGUUCAUCAUGCUCCUCAAAGGCUUUGCUGUCAUCAUCGGCUUCCCCUGCCUCACAAUCAUGCUGACGAACAGUGCCUCAUCACUGAGCAUCCUCGGCACACUGAACGGGAUCGCAACCACCACUAGCGGUUUUGGGCGAGCCGUGGGUCCUGCCGCUGCUGGCGCCAUCUUCAGUUGGGGAAUCCAAAGGGGUUAUGUGAUAUCGGGCUGGUGGUUCCUUGGCGCAGUUGCGGUCGUUGGUGCUAUCCCCCCUUUCUUCAUCACCGAGGGCAGUGGCCCCUACGCCGAUGCCCAGGGCGACGAGACCGACGUGGAUGAAGGAGAUGCCGUUGCGGAAGCAGACCCUAUUCCUAUCCCGGAAUCGACGGCCGGGCCACUUGGACCGCACGAGGCCGGCUUUCCUUCCCCGCCCGUUCUCAGUGAGUCUAGCAGACUACGGGGGCGGUCGCUGCCAAAAUCAUACGGGACUACACAUUAAACUGUCUCAUGAUUGGCAUGAGAAAGGUCUGGCGCGAUUUCGAGAGCCAAAAACGACACGGAAAGAGUGGUUGAUUUCCUUACUACAAAGCAACACUGCUCGUAUUGAUCUUCUUUGCAUUAUUCGUCAGCGCUUGGGUGAAUUGCCUCUUCUCUAGACUAUUAACAUGGUAUGUUUGGAGUCUGAUUCUUGCCAUCCGAGCAUGUCAGGGUUUUUUUUUGGUUCGUGUUAUUACACGUGCACAGCGUUUCCAGUUUGGCCGAUUUUAGGGUAGUGUUCAAAUGGGCACAUUGGGAAAUGAAUACACAUAGCAUAUAGACAAAGCUGCAUCGGUAGU